AGCAGUGUAAGAAAAUGCCGGUCGAAUUGGCAAUUGAAAAAGUGAAUUGUAUAACAAAAUAUAAUACAACCUGUACAUUUGCCAAUUGUUACAGCUUUGUUUGCUGAUAAUUGCUAGGCAACGUAUCGGCUGGUGCCACCUAUACACCACGCCGUAGAACUACGAGUCAGGACGUGGUCCGCAAUCGUGAGAGUUGUAUGCGAGAGAUGAAGUAGACGCGUGUGGUGAAGCUUAUGGUGUAUUGUGUCUCAAGAGAGAAGAAAUAAUUGUGGCAUUGUAUUAAGGAAGAACGCGAGAGAAUCAACUGGAAUUCUUCAUGGAGUUGCGCCAUAUCCAGAAUCCUGAUUCUUUUCAUUGGGAUAACGUAACUUUCAGGCAUUGGAGCUACCAGAACAUUAAAACAAUAUAAAUAAUUCUCUAAACUCGCGUAUAUAAUAUUUGUACAUAUCUGGAAAUUUUAAAAAAGUAUUUAAUACCCGAUAUUACACCACUGUGACGAUACAAUUGUUUUUAAAAUAAUCCAUAUUCUUUUUUAACAAAUCGAGCGCCUCGUACUAUGUACAAUAAUCAAAAGGCCGAGAGUAGUGUAAACAGUCUAACUUCCGAAGAAGAGUUUGACUUUUGCAAUGCGGAAACGGGACAAAAAUUCAUUAUAAAAUGGAGUCCGCCGGAGGAGGUUAAAUUCUUUUCAAAAACCCGUUACGCCUCACCCAGGGUGUUUAGCAAGUCUGUCCCACGGCGAAAUAAGAGUCUGGCCCGUUACCGGAUAAAUCGUUCUUUAAAUUUUGAUAUCGGCCAUGGAAGAAGCGAGGGACUGUUUAAAUCACCAAAUUCCACUGCGGGCAGCAGCUCCACCCUGGACGGGGAAAAGCAUCUGACAAGAUCGGCUAAGAUAAUGCGAGCCCUCAAUCUAAAAGGUAGCUCCUUCGAGGCUAAAACAAAGAGAAUAAAUAAAUCAUUAAACUUUGAUCUUAGCCCAAGCCCAAAAAGACUGUUAAACUCGGAUAAAAGUUCCUGCGACUUUGACGACGCCAUUGCGACUUCAUCACCCAAGCUUAGUAAAAGUUUAAAUAAUAUUGAUACCAGCAAUGAUUCCAGUAUAAGCAAUGCUUUGGGAACAUCAAUUGAAUCGAUUGACGAAAAUCAAAAUCAAACCCCGUCGCAGCAUCAUCGUACCGUUAAAAAAUCAUUGAACUACCUCACGCCAAGUACGAGAAAGAAUAUUCGCAGUUCACCCGAAUUUAAAAGACAUUCCCCUAUGUAUCGGUCUGAAAUAAUAAAUAAUAUUAUGCAAAUUGGUAUGACGCCCAAUCUGCAAUCAUCAAAAAGAACAAAUAGUAAACUUAAAAAAAUGAAUAACGAGAUGACCAUAAGCACACCAAGAAAUUUAUUUAAUGAUUUUGGUGAUGAUGAGAACGAGCGACCGCAAACGCCUGAGAAUGUCUUUCAAGUUGUACCGGAGAGUAUGAGUGCCAUAAAAAAGAGUCAUAAAAAGGAAAGAUUUUCACGCCGCAUAGGAAAGUCCACAGCUUACAAGAUUGAUGCCGAUACAGAGAAGCAUGAAGAAUCGUUCACAAAUGAGUCUAUUGUAUUGUCGCCGUCGGAAGAGAGGCCUUCCACACCGCAGAUGAACGAUUCCUAUCCAAGUCCCAGUUACGAUGUGAAUUCUAUAAAACAGUCUCAUAAAAAGGACAAAAGCAAAAAGAAAGCAUUCUCGUGUCAUUCUGAUGACGACAAUUCGGAUGCUGGCUCCAUUUUGAAUUAUUCUGAUGACCAGGAAGAGGAUGAAGAGAAGGAAGAAGACCAAGAGGAUUACGUACCAAUCGAAUGUAUCGUGUCUAGUAAAUCCAAAAAAAAUAUAACUUCCUGGUCUGAUAAUAUUGUGCAGGACAGCAUACCUAGUGAUCAAAAUACGAACAGUGAAUUAAGGAAUUUCAUUGAGAAUAAUAACGAAGUGCAACCCCAGUGUUUGGAUUCUGUGAAAGCAACAGAAGUAACGGUCCUACAAGAGUUUGGUAAGAAUUCUGAGAAUACACAAGAGUCUCGUGAACCACCAGAACCGGUCGAUAAUGAGAGCAAUCUUGGAGGAGCCUCUUCUAAUAACAGGGAAGAACUUGUGGAGCCACUAUUGGAUGACUCAAAAGCUGCCUCUUCACCAAAGCCAAUGCCCCAAUGCAGUACUAGUGGUGAUAACUGGAUAAGGACACCAACUGUAAGCAGAGAAGAAUCUGGAAGUACAAAUAGACCAACCACGCCUGAGAACCACAUCAAUUUUUUCCACCAUAUAAUGACAGAUUCGAUAAAAAAAUCACAUAAAAAGAUUAAAGAUAAGAACAAGAAAAAAUUAUUGAGGCCCAGGGUGUUGCAGCAGGGUAUAGACGCCAUGGAGUCCCAUGUUGUGCUGCCAGUUAUUCGUAUUCAACAAGACGAGAAUGUGAAAGACGUCAUUUCCGGAAAACAGACGCCGACCAGUCCAAAAUCAUCAGCGGACCGUGCUUGUACACCAGAAAAUGUGAAUUCCAGUCGACUCUUAUUGUCACAAUAUAGUUCAGUGAAAAAGUCUCACAAGAAGGACAAACACAAGAAAAUUGUUUCCAGUUUUGUUAGACGGCAAAAAUUUUUCAACCGUGACAAUGAUUACGCAACGUAUUCGCAAUACGAUUCAGAAGAUUGUGCUAGAGUUUUAGACCACAGUGGAAGCAAUUAUGAAUCUGCACAAGAGGAUAUGACUACUAGUACGAAGAGCUCAAAAUCUAAUCAGGAUGAUUCCCUCGAUGGGAUAAUUGAUGUCAAUCAACUGUUGUCACCGAAACACCAAGGUACUUCAAAAUUAUCCUCGAAUAUUUCUCCAUUGGAUAAAACUUCACCAAACAAAAGAAAGAAGUCUCCUAGUGAUUCCAUAAGUAAGGACCUUUCACUACUCUUAUCCAACCCCGAAUUUUCCUCAGUGGAUUAUGAAAGCGCUGAAGAUGAAUUUAAAAUCUUCACACCAAUUAAGAAGAGGAGAUCCUUAGUGACUCCUAAUACCGUCAGACUUGUAGAACGCACAAUAAACACUGAAGAGACGUCUGAAGAUGCUGAGAGGAUUGACAGAUCUCGUUGUGUUACACCAAUAAUGUCAUCUAAAGAUCACAACAUGCAGUCAUGUGGAAACGAUCUGAUGACUCCAGAUAAAAGCAACAAUACUUUACCAUUAAUGACUGAGGAAUCGUCAAAGGAUAUGCAAGUACAAGCAACAACAGAAAAUCCAAGUGGUAGAUCAACACCAAAAAACAGAUCGACAGCAGAGUUAAUUUUCAAUAUUGAUUCGAUAAAGAAGUCUCAUAAAAAAGAUAAGCGCAGUUAUGGAUUACGUAGAUCUUUGAUAAGUGAACAAAAAAGAUGUGAUUAUGGUGCAAAGGAGAAUAAUUGUGCUUCCUUGGACUUUCGAGUACCAAUUAAUUAUCCAACACCCAAUUCCAAGGACUGUAGCUACAACAGCGAUAGAGAUGACUUAGAAGCAUUUAAAAGCAUCUCGGACAUUGAAUCGAAGGAACUGUAUUCCCAUGAUAAUUCAAGUCCACAACCUUCCACAAGUUAUGAGAAUCCUGUGGUGCUAGGAAGUAAUAGUAAGACUGAAUCACGUGCCACGGCGAGGACGCCGCCUAAUUGUCUUAAAGUUCAGAGUUAUAUAAAGUUAUUGCAAACUGCCUCAAUUAAGCGAUCGCACAAAAAAGUCCGCGACCGUAAGAGGCACAAUGUGACGAUCAAAGAUCCAGAGUUGUCGGAUGACGGUUCCAUUUUUGAUGACGAUGACAGAAUGUGCAGCAUUGAGAGCGAUGAUGAUGAUGUGAAAAAUAAACAGAAUGAGCGAAAUAAGAAAAAUAAUGUUUCUAUGGAUACCAGUGUCUCUGCCGAUGAACCGGUUCCAUUAUCAAAUGAUCUGAGGUCGUAUGAACCUAAUUCAUUAGCAAAUAUGGAACAGCAGAUUCAACAGAAGCUCCAAAGAUCGGCAGACUUCUCGGACGACGGUUCGAUUUUUCAUACUGAAGAAAAAAUUGAGAGUGCCCUCGAUGAGGUCGAUGUGGACAGAUCGAACGCCGAAAAUUCAUGGAGUAGAGAUUGAUAAUUGGAAUAACAUUUUUCAUUGGAGGUCCUUCGCAUUUGGGAAGGAUUCCUUUAUUUUUAUUCAUCAAGAUACGUUAUAUGCAAUUAUCUAGAUUUUAAGAAUUCCCUUCAAUCAAUCGUUCCGAAUCGAUCAAUUCCCGACUCGGAACGAUCUGAGUAAUCCUAUAUAUAUCCCAGAAUAAAAAUAUAUAUUUUUCCCUAAUUUCCCAAAAAAUGCAAUCCGUGCAAAACGUAUUGCACAUACGACGACGUGUGGUGAGUGUCAUGUGAUAUCAGCCCGACAAAAAUGAAAAAGAGGGCUAUCAAAAUUCCAAUUUGGCAAAACAAUUUGACAAUAUUUUCGUCGUUUCGAAUGAUAUUUAUAAAAAUUAACCAUCUACUAACAUGAAAUUCAAAAUUCUCUUUCAAUGUGGAACAAUUGAUGAUGAAUUAUCAAUGGCCAAUUGUUUCCACAUCACAAGCGCACACCACAGUCACAUCAAAUUAAGGGAAAAAAGUAAAAAAAAAAUAAAGCCUUUAUCAAUCCUUGUACAAAUCUCUGCACAAGGAAGUUUAUAGUGUGGAAUAAUUGAUGACACAUUUUGGCCAAUUUUUCCAAACUAUGCCCGUCAAAGGUGUUCUAAUGUUUAUCUUUACACGGAUUAAAAUUUUACAAAAUUUAAUUACUGUCACGAGAUUCCACUAACUCGCUCACUUCUGUGUACUGAUUUUUAACGCGUUAACAAUUUAACCAGUGCGUAAUUAGUAUUAUAAGUAUUAAGGUAAAUCGACAAAAACAAAGAGAUGUCUGAAUUCUUUAAGAGAUAUAUUAGAAAAGAAACAAAUUUUUAUAUGCUUUGCGUGACUGGUAGUCAUUAAUUCACUGUUGGUAAAACUCCAGGUCCAGUGCCUUAUAGUACCAUUUUUCUCUUAUUUUUUCCCUAUUGUUUAUUCUUCUGUAAGAUAUAGAUACGCAUAAUCAAAUAUUGUUACAGCAUUAGCGUUUGAGGUAUUUCAUUUUAAAUCUUGUUAAUCUUACUGUUAAAUCGGUUAUAUUGCGAUACGAAAAAAAAGAAAAACGGUGAUACGUCUCUCUGUUUAGAGUUAUUUUUAUUAAUCGACCAUGCGAUUAUUAGCGGUCUUCAUUUUAUUUUUCUCUAAUUAUACUACUUUUCUUAUUCGAUUAGCAUACUAAUUCUAACAAAUCCUACUAUUAUAAACACAAGUUAUCGUUCAAGUAUGUGACAACUGAAAAUAUCAGUAGAAAGCCUCGAUUAUCCAAGUCCUAGUAUAUUUUUGUGAUAUGUAUAUAGGUAAUGUUAAUAAUCGAAAAGAAAUACGAUUUAUCUUCUUUAGGGAUACAUACCUCACAUUAUAAUAUUCGCUUUCGUUAGUUAUAUAGAUCAAUUUUUAAUUUCUCUCUUGCUAUCGAAUAGAAUGCAAGUAUCCAGGUAAAGUUGUAAUUGUUAUAGGAACAAAAAACUAUUGUUAUAUGGGGUUGUACCCGUUGACGAAAAACUUUAGGCAGAUAAUUAUUGUUACACAAAGCAGUUUAAAACUAAUCGCUUCUGCAAUUGUAUACUAACGUCUAACCCAUCGUAGGAAUUAGGCUUUUCAUUAUCUUGUACGCUUACGUUUCUCUUAAAUAACUGUCAAAUUUGAUCUAAUGAAUUUCUGUUGUAUCAUUGAAUUGUUACUAACAAAGUUGCCACACGAUGCUUGAUGUCAUUUUGAAGCGACGAGACAUAUGAUUGUUACAAUUAAUAUUUGAUACAGCGUCGUGUUUAUAUUUAAUUUUUGGAUUAAAGGAAUUACGUUUUUCUCUUUUGUUUUCUCAACUUAAAUGUCUAGGGCAAAACUCUAAGAGAUAAUGUUGCAGAUUUUCAAUUGCGAAACAAAAAAAUACGGUCGAGUAUGUAGGAACUAUAGAAUGGAAGGGAUCUUCGUCUUACAAAGAAAUGUACCGUGGCUGCUGAAGGUAAUUAGGUUUUCAUAUGUAAGUUGUACUAUUACUCAAGAGAAAAUGGGGCUGGGUGCAAUUGUUGCGUGCCCACGAGAUUUCAUGAUAGAAUUUAAUUCGUUCGUCUCUUUAUGAAGAAUUUCAUGCGACUAAUGUAUUGUAAUUCUUGUAUUUACCAAGUAUUGAUUAAUACGUAUCUUUUUCA